AAAAGAAAGGAAACGGACCUUGUCUUUGUGUGUUUUGCUUAAUUUGCAUUGCAUUGCAUUGCUGCUUUGUUUGCCACUCUGUCAUCUCUUUCUCUCUCUUUCUUCUGUUAUAUAUCUCCAUCCUCCAUCUUCCAUAUUUACUAUUUUCCAUUCUUUUUUCUCAGAGAAAGAGACCCCUCUGACACCCUCCGCUUCCACGCCAUGAGUCUCUUCGGCCUCGGCAGCAGAAACCAGAAGACAUUUCGGCCUAAGAAGAAUGCUCCAUCUGGAAGCAAGGGUGCUCAACUUCAAAAACACAUUGAUGCUACCUUGGGUAGUGGGAACCUAAGAGAAGCGGUCCGUCUGCCUCCUGGAGAAGAUCUGAAUGAGUGGCUGGCCGUUAACACUGUGGACUUCUUCAAUCAAGUGAAUAUUUUAUAUGGAACACUCACUGAAUUCUGCACAGCGUCAAACUGUCCAACAAUGACUGCAGGGCCAAAAUAUGAGUACAGAUGGGCUGAUGGAGUUACUAUUAAGAAGCCAAUCGAGGUGUCUGCUCCAAAAUAUGUUGAAUAUCUGAUGGAUUGGAUUGAGUCUCAGCUAGAUAAUGAGAUGAUUUUCCCUCAAAAAUUGGGGGUACCUUUUCCACAAAACUUCCGAGAUGUUGUUAAGACAAUAUUUAAGCGGUUGUUCCGUGUAUAUGCUCACAUCUAUCAUGAGCACUUUCAGAAGAUUGUAAGUUUGAAGGAAGAAGCUCAUCUAAAUACUUGCUUUAAGCAUUUUGUUCUCUUUACAUGGGUAAGUUACUAUCAUCAAAUUUUCAGCUUUCUGCAUGUUCUUGUUCUGUAUAUACUAAAUGACAUAGCAUAUUCGGCCUGGCAACUCUCAUUUCAACUGUGCUUUAUCUAUUUAAACUUUUGUGGUCUUUACCAUCGUCAUCUUUCUGACUUGUUAGGUUGAGAAUGUUUAUCAUCAUCAUCAUCAUCAUAUUAUUAUUAUUAGUAUUUGCUCAAUGGCUGUGAAGUAGCUUACAAGCAUGAGCAACAGAUAAGAUGAUUGCUGAGCUU